AUGCCCCGCAACCAAACCAACGCCUGCCAACUUCCUGCUACCAUCAUGUCUAUCACCCCUCGUCUCCCCGAAGAAAUCUUGCGUCAUAUUUUCUACUUUGCUACCUUGACUGCACCCUCUUUGCCCUUGUUAUCAGACCCCACGGAAUCCAGUCCUUUUGAAUGCACAAGCUCUGAACAAGAAGCACGAGCGCUUGGACUUUCAACCCGUCGACAUCUCAACGCAACAUCGCGUCUAUUCCACUCAUUAGUCGAAGAAUAUGUUCUCGAAAACAUCACACUCAAGUCGGUUGAAUCGGUCGACAGUUUCGCAGAUUUCGUAUCACACGAGCACAUCGGCCGGUGGGUCCGCACGCUGAAAAUCGCAUUUGCAACCCAAUGGACGGGUUCGACGGUCCGCCCAGCGCACGCGAUCGGGGUCGCACGUAUCAUCGCCUCCUGCCCUCGCCUCGUCACAUACGAGGUCGGUCUACUGUCGGGUGCAGGCGGUGUAGCAACCGAUGUCUUGGCUGCUCUCGCGGCCCACGAGUCCCUCAGAGCUAUCGGCUGGACGGGCGAAGCAUACCCAUCUACGGCCGACGUUCGAACUCUUGUCGAAGCCUUGCCGAAUCUCGACACACUCUAUUUACGAGGAUGUAACCCCGGCGCUCGAACGGGCCGUUCGCUUCCCGCACCGCCUACACCGGUACCGGCCAACAUACCCUCCCUGAAAUCCCUGACACUCCGUCUGGCCGAGAUACGCGGCGCAGACACGCUGCCACUCCUCACGACCGCUGACCUGCCCUCUCUUACCCACCUCACUCUCAUCGGAACGUUCCAUUUCGGAGGAAACGUGGCAAUCAAUACCGCCGCGCUUCGCCAAUUUUUCGAGAUCCACGGGCCUCGACUCGAGUCGCUCGACAUACGAGACGACGAACGGUUCGCGCCCGUCGCUCCUUUGGUCGAGCUUCUCGAAAAGUGUACGGCGCUUAGGGAGAUUGUGUAUCCCGUGUCAUGGACCCCGCCUCUGUGCGCGAUGGACAAGGUUGAGACUGUUGGACUCAGGACUGUUGCCCCCGACUUGCUCAUGGCCUCGUUCGAGGCAGGUCAAGCCGGUCGGGCCGCGCUAGAAUACCUAGACUCGCACUUGGACAUGCUUAUCGGAGGCUCGUUCCCCAAACUCAAGACUAUUCGGUUCCUGGACGAUGAGAUGAUUGGCGGGUAUUCGGCAUCCCAAUCGAUACCGCCUCAGGUCGAGAACUACUUGACCACAUUCUCCCAACGAUGUUCCAAGUUGGGCAUCAAGACUGUAGACUCACGCGGUACUCUUAUUUCGUUCUAA